UUAAGUGAACGCAAAAAAGCUUGCCGAUAUUUCUUGCAUCUCUCUCGUUCGUUUUAUUCUCUUCUCGAUAGGCUGAUUGACAACAAAAGGAGACUCUACUUUGAGGAGCAUUGUUGUUUUAAAUGUUUCUCUGUAAAGAAGUAUUCUGCAUUGAGAGCCUGUAAAAGUGAUUAACAUCGUGGAGGACAAAAUAUGAAGAGACGGAAUGCCGAAAGUGGCAAAAUGCGGCGCCCCCUAAAGCGCACAAAAAUCACCGAAGGAAUGUAUGGAAAUUCAAUGCUGUACCUGAAAUUUGUGAUGUUGUGGGCAACAGUUGUGCUUGCCGACUAUAUGCUUGAAUUCAGAUUUGAGUUUCUCUGGCCAUUUUGGAUGAUGCUCAGAUCAGUUUAUGACUCAUUCAAAUACCAAGGACUUGCAUUUUCAGUAUUCUUUAUAUGCAUAGCGCUCACAUCUGAUAUGAUAUGUUACUUCUUCAUACCACUGCAGUACAUAUUCUUUGCUGCCAGUACCUAUGUGUGGGUGCAGUAUGUCUGGUAUACAUUCGCAGAUAAAGGCAUCUGCGUGCCCACGGUGGCCGUGUGCUGCCUAGUGGUGUGGGUGGAGGGCGCGGUGCGGGUGGAGCGGGGCGGGGUGGGCGGUAUGGGCGGCAUGGGCCCCGGGGUGGGCGGGGCGGGGUGGGGCCGGCCGCUGGCGGCGCACUGCGUGGGGUACCCGGCCGUCACGCUGGGGUUCGGGGUCAAGUCCUACGUGGGGCACAGGCUCCGGCUGCGGCGCCAGCGGCAGGUGCGCGCCGACAACGAGUUCUACUUCCAGCUGAUGCGGGACGCGUUGCCGGAGAGCGCUCUGGAACAGCAUCAGCAAAGCCAACAGCCGGCGAAGGAGCCGGAGCGCAGUAUAGAGUGCGACACGCGGCAUAUGAACGGCAGCGCGGGCCGCCGCCGCUGCCUCAAGCCCGAGCAGAACGGGCACUGCCCCUUAGAACAGGCGGACUUAAAGUUUAAGUUAGAUAAGCUAGAGAAGCACUUAGCGCAGCAAACAGCGGCGCGAGACAAAAGCGCCAACUCAUCGCCGAACAGUGCGCAAACUGUCGCGCAAAGUUCCGCGCAAACCAGCGCCGUUGCUAACGCGCACGCGCACAGUAACGGCGCGCCGCCUGGCCACGCGGAAGACGACGAUAAGCCAGACCAAAGUAAAGGUAGCUCUAAGUCGUCCAAGUGUGAAAAGAAAGAGGCUAGUACCAUUAAGGAAGAAAAAAGAAAGAAUAAAAACAGAGAUAAGGAUAAGGAGAGCUGCGAUAGUCAUAAGAGUACAGAACAAACAAAAGAACAAAUAGUUAAAGAAAUAGAAAGUACAAAAGAAAGUGUAAAAAAUAAAGAUUGUAAUGGUUAUAAAGAGAAGGAGAAGGACAGAGAACGCGAGAAAGAGAAAGAAAGAGAAAAGGAAAGAGAGCGAGAGCGCGAACAGCGCGAGAAAGAAGCUAAAGAAGCCCGAGAGGCGCGUGAAAGCCGCUCCUGCUCAGAAGAAGUGAGACGACUGCGGGCCGAGGUCGCGGCCGCGCGGAGUGGGGAGGCCGAGGCGAGGCGCGCGCUGGCAACCGCCGCCGCGGCCGAGCGGCAACGUCGCGCCGACCAUCUGCAGCUCAAGCAGGCGCACGCCGCGCUGCAGCACAAAGUGUCCGCAUGGCGAGGCAGCGAGCGCGCCGCGGCCACGCUGGAGCGACGCCUCGGCGAGGAGCGGCGCGCGCGCAACCAUGUGGAGACGCAGCUGCUGCGGCACCAGCAGCGGCACGCGCGCGCAGCAAGCGGCGAGUGCGAGAGCGAGUGGUGUCGAAGUCGAGCGAGCGCGAUAGAAACCGAAGCGGCCACACUGCGCCGCGACCUGCAGCGCGCGCGAGACGUAGCCGCGCAGCUGCAGCGCGACCUGCAGCACGCCCGCGAUCAGGUCCGUUCCCUGGAGUCGCGGCAGGAAUCCGGCGCUCUCGCUGGAGCCUGGGGAGCGCUACAAGAACGGGCCACGCAUCUAGAACGAUCCUUAUCUGCCGAGACGCGGGUCAAACUAGACCUGCUGUCAGCAUUAGGGGAUGCCAAGAGGCACAUGCACAUACAGGACGGACUAAUAUCGAGACAAGAGAAAGAGAUAGAAGAGUUGAAAGCGCAACUGUUAGCUGUGAUGCCGGCGGAGCUAACGCCGUCGCUCCGUCUUCCGGCCGCGUUAGACCCCAACGCCUCAGUGUACACACCCAAGCAACUCUGCUCCGACGCCUGAACGAGACAGCCGAUCAUAACCACACCUCUCUGUCGCACGCGGACACCUUUGGAACAUCGGUGGUAAGAUGGACGCUCACAUUUUCACUGUCGAACUUGGGAAUAGAUGCAACAGACCUUUUGGACUCUUAAACCGUUAAUUUGUGACAAUUUCAGCCAGAAAUGUAAUCUGAAAGUUAAAAGUUGAAUUUCGUUUGUGGAUUGUCAAGUAACUAGGGUGAUUUUACCUUGCACUGAAUUUGAUGACGGUAACUAAUGCUCUCUGUUUUACUUAUUUUAGUAACAUAUAGACUUUGCCAUGUGUUUCUUUUUAUCAAUAUGUGAAACUAUCAAUCUACAAACUUAUAUUUUAAAUGGAAAAAGUUGAUAAAAUUGAAUUAGAUAUUGGUAGAGCACUCUCAUGGCCAACCGUACCAUGUGCGACUAUACAAGCACAUAACGUAUACAAAUACAGUAAUGUAAAACUAAUAAAUCAAUACUGCUUGUUGUUAAAUUUUGUUUUCGUUUAAGUUAAUAUACAGGGUGUAAGAAAACCUAUGACAAAGACUAAAACUACGCAUUCUGUACACCCAAACAAGUAAUAUUACAAAAUAUUAUACGUGGGAAACAUUUGUAUUAUUAAUUAAAAAAAUACAUUUUUUUCUAGUACGCAAUGUAUAGCGCGGCGCGCUAUUGUGGCGCUACGCAAACAAUGUGCCUGUGUAUAUGUGUGUGCGUGUGUUUAAGUGCGUUGAUAAAAAAGUCUCUAAAUAACGUUUUUGUAAAAAUCUUGAAAAAAAUAUUGUGACUUUGACCUUCAAUAUCUCUAUAACCAUAAAUUUCCCAGGCAUGGUCCACAAGAAUAAAAUGAUCGUCAUGAUGUGGAAAAUACGUGGCCUUCGACUUCGUUAAAGGUUUUUUUACACCUUGUAGAUAUAGAAAAAAUUGGAACAGUUUCCAUCCAGCUUAAAACCGGCCCACUAAAGAUUAUCCGAUGACCUAUAAAAUAAAUACCAGACUAUAUGCAACAUAAUCAAUCUACGUUCUCGUUUUUACUGAUUUAUUACUGAUUUCACAAUAAACUCAAAUUGCAAUACUAAAUAUAUUCCGUACAAUUACCAUCUAUGAAUAUUGGUUAAAUUGUGAUGGUGACAAGGUAGCAAUGAAGUCAAUUGAUAUUUCAGUUUAUUCUCAAAUAAUAUCCUAUAAAAUAUAUAAAGCGAUGACUCUGUACAAUUUCAAGCUAUCUUUGUCACUAUUUGUACCUUAUAAUUUAAUAAAUUACCACUUUUUUUUAAACAAACAUGCCUAUGGCAUUAUUAAAGAUAUUGAGUUAAAUAUUACGUAAGAUAAAAAAAUAUAAAACCAAAUUGAAUCUAUUUUACCAAAUGUAUUUAACAAAAUCGUCUACACAAAACUUUGUUUCACUUCACAUAUUUGUUUCCAUCAACAAAGUUUUUGCUUUCCGCGCCCGAUGGGCAACACGUACACAAAUCGCCUCCGCGCGGGUCGAGAGGCAGGGUAUUGUUUCAUCGGCCAUUUUUUUGACAAUUCGCUAGGCUGCGUUCCAAAGCUUCGCUCCGAGUGCAACUUUUCACUGACGUUUAAAUUUUGACACAAAAUGUACGAAACUUUGUAAUGUACUUUUGUCAAAUUGUGACAUUUGUUGCACCUAGAUAGUAGUUUUGGAACGCAGCCCUGUGUAUUUAUGAGUCUAUUGUGUGUACGAGAGCCACGUAGACACACAUAUUUCAGAAACUAAGUUUUGUGUAUGUGUUUUUGUUGAAUGUCAUGUCAACAUCUGCAUUUAAAUUCUCUGAAGAGUCAUCGUAGAAGAAAUUCAAGUUUUAAAAAAUAUAUAUUGAAAGGUUAUUGACUAUAAAGCGAGUAGGUUAUGUUAUGUUUUGAAUAUACACAAAAUUUAUCAGAUUACUAAAAAGUAAUCACACUAAAUGUCAAUUCCCAAAUUCGAUGACAGAAAUGUCAGCAUUCCCAUUACCAUUCAGUGUAAUAGUGUUUUCUGUUUAUUUAUUCCAACAGAAGUUUUAGUUGGAACUAAUUAUUUUUAUAUAUUUUUUGGUCUAACCUGCACUACGUACGCUUUCACUUUAUAUUAAACUGAAAGUGAUAGGAUACUAGCUAACCCGAGUACUCAGUUACAAGCUCUUCAUUGAGUAUACUUGACAACUACUAAAAAGUAAACAGAAAUUGUUUUCUUAAUAGUUAAUUUUUGGAUGUGCAAAGGUUUCCGUACUCGAGCGGUCAGUUCCCAAAGUUAUUGGGACGUCCAAACUACUAAAUAAGAUUUCACUAGACCACAUCAGCGAGACUAGUCAUGGGAAUCGACAUAUUAUUACAUUCGUCAAAUAAAAACUUGGUCCUAGUUUGCAACCCUGAGUAACGCCAACUGGAAUUUACAGCAACAUUUUCAAACAGUAUCCCAUUUAUCUUUAAAUAUUUCUGUAUUAUAAUUUUACAAUGUCACUUGACCUUUUUGCUGGUGUCUAGAUCCCGAGCCUUAAACUGGUCCUUGUAUGGGCGCUUGUUCUGAUCUCAUUCGUUUAAUUCAAUCUGAUAGGGUAAAUUUAGUCAUAAUAUGCUUUUAACACUGAGUGCGGUUAUUUUGGAAUAUACAUAAUAAUAACUAGUACUAAUAAUAGUACAAUUACAAAGCUUGUGAAACAGUAUUAAUUUGUAACAGUUCUUGAAGAAAAUUUGUUUUAAUAUAUUUUCAUCGUAAUUGCACUUGUGAAAUAAAACGCCCGUACAACCGCCAGUGUUUGUUAAACAAUCAAACGUGUUAGUUUUAUAAUGACCGUGUAAGCACUUAGACAGAGCGUUUAUUUUUUCAUGAAGGGAAUAUUUAGAUUCGUGGUACAUAUAACUACUUACUUACAAUGUUACAGAAGCAUUUUUAUUAUUUGCAUUUACUUACCGACCGGUGACUUGUUGCUGAAUUUAAAAGAAUACGUAUAUGUAUUUGUAUAAUAAUUAUUACCUUGUUUAAAUUUUGGAUAAUUGUAGAGUUGAAUUUUAAUAUAUACAAAUGGCGGGUUUUAUUUUGCUAAGUCACAGCUUGGACUAAGUCAUAAUUUUUACAUUUAUGACUAGCAGGAUAAUGGUGUCGAUUCUGGUACGACUCUCUAAACCCAAACUUAAAUUCGACAACAGCGCAUUGACUGAUGUUAAAUUUAGUUUUAAGUUUAGAAAAUCAUGCCGGAAUGAACACCAAUAUAAUUUAUGCGGCACUGAAAACAGCGUUUGAUGACGGGUGUCCUUUUGAAUUUAUGUGAUAAAUUGUACAAAAAAAGAUCUGAAUCGAGUCUUCUUUCUUGUAUUUGUAUCCUUUGAAUGUUUUAGUCAAGUUAAACUUAACAUGGGGCAUCGCAAGAGUUGAAUUGUUUUUAUUUGUAAUAAAACUAGUAAAUAUAUAUUUCUUCUAAAUCCAAAAUGAUAGUUGAAUAUUAAUGUUAUCCUGUUUACAUUAGUUACUAAAUUAAAACAAAUUGAGGCCGCAAUCAAUUUGAAUCAAAAUAAAUUUUAUGACAUGGCCCCCUGUUUGUGCAGUGAAGUGUACUGUCUCGUGCGGCGCCGACCUGCUCAUUGUUGAAAUUAAGAUGAAAUGUUUAUGAGAUUUCAACAUAUUUAGCGGACGCCGAGCCAUCUGACCAUAGAGGUAUAACAAUAGAGUAGGGGAGAUAUGGACUCUACUACAAGUGGAAGUGUCCCUCUAAUAGAAAGAGAAAGAAGAUGAGAUACCGCAACCUUUCUCUCUCUAAUCGCGCGUGCGCAUUGGCAACCCUCUUACUAUUGGACAGACGACUGCGCAUGCGUCACAAGAGAGAGAUAGCUAGCGGUCUCUCAUCUUCUUUCUCUUUCUACUAGACGGACACUUUUAGAGCCGCCUUCCCCACUCUAUUCUUAUACCUCUAUGCAUCUGACACGCAACACGCAGUUGCAAGACCAUGACAGAUGUAUUAAUGUGAUAUUCGCUGAAUUUCCCGUGUAUAUCUUGUGGAUGUUUGUCUUUAAUUGUGUAGCGAAAAUGAGUACAUAACUUUUAUGAAAAACAAAAAAAUAAAUACCAAAAAUCUUGCCAGUUAUUUUAAAUGUGGUAAAUAUAUUUACAUAUAAUUUAUUGUUAUAUAACUUAAAAUAUACUGCAAGUUGAUGAAACGGCAAACAUCCAUGUUACUUAAAUAUUGUUUCACAUCAGUGCACACUGUAUAAUGUACAACUUCAUUAACUAAGAGCUACGAAAUUAAAUACCCUAGACACACCACGUGCGCUCAAAAUGUGUCCCAAUCAAGAAGUGCUUGAACAACCUACUAUAAAUUGAUUUAAUAGAAAAUAUUUGUGAUAUUCAAAUGCAUGGUCGGUAAAUAGCCGUCUCUUUUCCUCGCUGUUAGCGAUAUAGCAGGUACGGACCUGCUAUAUCGCUAACAGCGCAUUCAGCAUUGCGCGUAGGUCAAAGAAAUAGGGUCUAUAUUCUUCCGCAUAUAGUAAUAAGUCUUAAAAUUUUACGAGCUUGCAUUUUGAACUGUCAUAACUCUUUGACGCAUGCAUUUUAAUGAAGACCGUAUACGGAAUGCAUUAAAGGUGACUUUCAAUGUUUAAAUAAUGCCUUAUAUCGUUUUUGUCUACGCGAUCAUCUUACGGAGCUCCGUGGAUCGGCCAAUGUACCUUUUGGACAGGUUUCGGUUAUGAUUUUGUUCGUGAUGUUGUGUCUAGGGUAUUUAAUAUCGUUGCGUAAGAGUGACUAAAAACGCGCUCGUGUGAAUAAACUCUGAAGCAUCUUUAUGUCCUCAUGUGUUCAUAAAUUGUUAAAUUAGUUGUUACAUUUUAUGAUUGUAUAGACAUUAUUGAAUGUCUUAAUUAUAAUUUGAGAAGCUAAAACCAGAAUAUGCGCCGUCGAUUUAACAUUAAUAUGUACUAUUAUUAUGUAACUUCCCGUCUCGCUUCCGAAUAUUGGUAAUUCAAUUUCGCAUUUACGUAUGUCAUGUUAUAACAAACUCGAUUCUGACUUCACUCAUUUAAAUCCAUCGCAAGUAUAGUAUAUGUUCUUAUUUGCUACGCAAGAACUCUAUUUUGACUAUGAAUCGUCUCAUUUCUCUAUCAGGGUAGGAAAAUAUCGACUUCUGAAAUAAUUCAAUAAAUUGAUUUGCGACCCGACCCUACCCUCAGACAACGCUCUAUAGGGAAAACUAUUAAAACGCGGUUUUCUCUUAAUUGACGUUUAAUUACGUAUACAAUUGUAAGUGACAAUAAAAGUCAAAAAAAUAUCCAAAAACAUUAAAAAUAAAUGGUAUAAAAACUGCCAGUUUCGACAACAGCUCUGUAAUCAUAAUAUUAUAAACAAUCAAGAACUUUUAUUUUAAACAUUCAAGAACUUAUUUUUAAUAUUUAUAUUGAUAUUCUGUUCCCAUGCUUACUUAAUUGAGUGAAAUGUGUAACAUAUCUUUUUCUAAGAAAAAUUGCAAACCGGAAUUAACUGUCUCGAUAUUGUUGACGUGUCAACUACAAAUAUUAUGAAGUAAAAAGAGAUGUACUAUACUUGUAUUUAUUUGAGUGCAAUAGAUUGGAGUCCCUUAAAUAAAAUUUGACGAGUGUGGAACGUAACUAAGUCUUGAAUAGUAAGUUUGUUGUAGUGGUUAACGUACAGUGGGAUUUAAGUGAAACAGUGCACUCGAUGUCUCACGUGGACCAGGGAACUAAUAUUUUGUAUCGUAUUCAAAUGUAAGUAAAUAAAUAAUACACACGGAGAGCGAGUGUUGUAAACAGAUAAUAUUUUUGUAAGAGCAAUAUUUUUUCAAUGAAAUAUUUACCAGUAAUUUGUAAUUAUAUCAAUGACGUUUCUCACGUGAGCCAUCGAGUGCGCCGUUGGGGUGAAUUAAUUUAAGGUAAAAAGUACUUUUAUCUCGUCGUUGCCCAAAUUGGUACUUGUCGGAAAAUCAGUUUGUAAUGUACUCGUAAAGAUGAAACAAAUGUCAUAACAUAUAUUAAUAUCUACAUGUUCCAAUUGAAAAUAAUCUACCAAUAGGUACAGCUAGAGUCUGCGUACCGCGUUGUGUGAGACAUCGCUAUAAGCAGUGUGGAGCGCUAUCUCGUUGACACCGAUGCGUUUGGAUAGCGUUCAAAUAUUGCUCAGGCUGCUUUUUAUGUUGUUCGACAUAUUAAUCAGUGAAAAUCAUUUGAAUUUAUUUGAACUUGCUGACGAACGUCGAGAUUAUAAGGUUAGUGUUUAUUAUACAUCACAGUACUAAAUAAAGAAUCUACGCACAUUGGAUGUAACAGUAAUGAGAUGUAAUAAUGAUAAUUAUUAUGGAGAUUGUGACAGUAAAGUUGUCGUCUAAUCUAGUCUUUCGUCAAGAUUGGUUUGACCCUGGUGUAGUUCUUUAUGCUAGAGGCAUUAGCUGUUUAUACAACGCUAUCAUCAUUAUGAGUGAGACAAUAAAUGGGUUUUCCUUUGUAUUAAAGAUUACAAUGUCGUUUGCUAGUGAUAUUGCCCACCAGACCCCACCAGGUGUAAGCUUGAUCUUGAUAUUUUGUAACCUAAGUUUUAGAUAUUUAAUUAUUGUAACAUCAGACUGCACACUGCCCUCGAAGUCAGACUUCCAUUAACAUUUUGAAGGUUGAACCGAUAGAUGUAAAACGAAAAGUACUUAAUUUAGAUUUAGAUUUGGAUGUGAUUUACCUACAUACUUUUUUUGUUUUUCAAAUGUAGCUGUCGGCGUGACAGAUACACAUACAAUUUUUUCCCAAUAUCUCAUUGCCUGAUGGAAAAGAGCGCUGCUGUAGGACAAUUGGUACAAGCAGAAGAUCUGAAUUUUCACUAGUGAAAUGUAAGCGAUAAUGUUUGUUUGUAUUAUGAACAGAUGCUGUAACAGCAAUAAAAAUCAGACUUGCAAAUA